GGAAGUUAGGUGGCGAAGAAGACCAUCUUUAUUAUGCUAGUUUGAUGCUACAGAAAGUUGUUAGCUUGUUUUUUUAUUUUCUCGGUUUAAUUUUUUUAUUUCUAUAGUGGUUUAACUCGUCGUCAGAGGAGACUGGAGAAUGAUGAAGAUCCCGUUGUUUCUUUAAGUGAUAAAUAAUUGUCAUUUUGAGGGGCGAUGUUCAGCAGGUCGUCGUACGAGCUGCUCCCUCAGAGGGACUCCAGCUCCCAGAGGACUCCUGGUUUGUUUGUGAACUCUCACAAAGGACUUUCAUUUGACUACAUCCCAAAUGUUUCUGCAAACGAUUUCACUGAUACCACCCAAGGAUGGCUGUCUUGGAUUUGCAACCUGGUCGUCAUCUUCCUUGUUUACAUCUGCACCUUCAUUAUGUUGCCAAUAACAGGAUGGUUUGUACUUAAGACGGUGCCGAACUACCAGAGGAUCGUGGUGUUCCGACUGGGUCGAGUUUGCCCUCCCAAGGGUCCAGGUGUGGUUCUUGUGCUGCCCCUCAUUGAUCAGUGGCAGAAGGUGGACCUACGCACUCGUGCUUUCAACAUCCCUCCUUCACAGGUGACUACUCGGGAUGGUGGGGUGUUGUUGGUGGGAGCUGACAUCCAGUUCAGGAUCUGGAACCCAGUCAUGUCAGUGGUGUUAGUCCAGGACCUGAAUGCUUCCACCAGGAUGACGGCACAAAACGCUUUGACCCACAGCCUAUCCAAGAAGACCAUCAGGGAGAUCCAAACUGAGCGAGUGAAACUGGGAGAAUAUCUUGGGACCUUGGUCCAGUUAGGUCUGUAUGCGAUGGGCAGAGACUCCAAGGUGUUUUUUCAGCCCAAGCAGUACCAGCCGUCCCGCUGGCUGAGGACAGGGACUCAGUACUUCAAGAGCCUGGGCUUCGGUUUCGGACCCCGACAGUGUUUAGGACGCAGAAUAGCCGAGGCGGAGAUGCAAAUCUUCCUGAUCCAUAUGCUUGAGAAUUUUCGAGUUGAGAAGCAUCACAACGUGGAAGCGAGGAGCACCUUCGAGCUCAUCCUCUUACCAGACAAACCUAUACUAUUGACUCUGAAACCUCUGCAAGCUAACUGA